GAAGUAGUAGUAGACGUAUAGACACGCCCCUUAUGUUAAUUAGCCUCCGCCGUAAUGUCGGCACCGUGUCGGAUUGUUCUUUUGUCGCUCUGCUUGCUGGUCUUCGUGGUUCCUCCGCUAACAGCCUGGGAUGCUGAUUUGGAGCUUUUUGACCUGGUGGAAGAAAUCAAUCAAAACUUCUACGAGUUCCUCUCCGUGGAUCAGGAUGCCUCGAUGGCAGACAUUAAGAAAGCGUACCGGCGCCUGUCUCUGUCUCUGCAUCCUGACAAGAACAAAGAUGAAAAUGCUGAGACUCAGUUCAGACAGCUGGUUGCCAUCUAUGAAGUCCUAAAGGAUGAGGAGAGACGGCGGAGAUAUGAUGAUGUUCUGGUGAACGGGCUUCCUGAUUGGCGGCAGCCAGUCUUCUACUACAGACGAGUGAGGAAGAUGAGUAACACAGAGCUGGCCUUCCUCUUCUUCCUUAUCCUCACUGUGGGACACUACGCCAUCAUCUGGUCCAUCUACCUGGAGAAACAGCUGGAUGAACUGCUGAGCAAGAAGAAGAAGAAGAAGAAGCUGAGCUCUAGACCUCCAGAUGAGCUCAGCUGUAUUGGUCAGGACAGGUGAGCUGUGACAUGAGUGCUGGCGUUUACUGUGCGUUUCUUUAUUCUUUGUUGUUCCCACAGCAGACCUCAGUGGCAGGACAUCCUCCCUCUCAAACUUAGCAUCUGGCUCUACCUGUCUAUCAAAAACCUGCCGCAGACUGUCCAGGAGUUGAAACAGUUCUACGAGGACUACCAGCAGCUGAAGCAGAAGCAGAGAGAAGAAGUUGAAGCUGAACAAGAAGCUGCUGCCAGUAAACAAUCCCACUUUGUCCACUGCCAUCCUUGCAAGUCGGACCACAACAUGGUCCUCCUCCUUCCUGCCUACAGACAGAGACUGAAACAGGAAAAACCGGUUCCUAGGGAAAUAUUCAAAUGGGACACUGCAGCAGACGAAGCUCUCCAGGACUGCUUCGAGACAACCGACUGGCAGAUGUUUGCUGACUCAGCAGAGGGAGACCUCAACGAGUACACAGACUCUGUCAUUGGUUAUAUAGGGAAGUGCAUUGAGGAUAUUGUACCAAAAACCACCAUCUGCACCUACCCUAACCAGAAACCAUGGGUCGGGCUAGAGGUACGUGCCAAACUCAAAGCACGCACCGCUGCCUUUAAUUCUGGAGACCCUGAGGCCUACAAAGCAGCCAAGUACGACCUCAGAAAGACUGUACGAACAUCACAGCGGGAGUAUAGGAAGAGGGUCGAAUCUGCCCAACAGAGCAACGAGUGCGGCAGGUGUGACAACACCACACCUGUCACCAAACCACAUGUGGACAGUGAGGACGCCACACUCCACAUAGACACAGCUACAAGCCCUGCAGUUGCAUACAGAGCAAACAGGUCGACAGAGGACGCCAUUGCUCUGGCAGUUCACACCUCCCUCAGCCAUCUGGAGAAGGGGAAUACGUAUGUGAGAAUGCUCUUCAUUGAUUACAGCUCAGCAUUCAACACCAUAAUCCCCUCCAAACUGGUCACCAAGCUCACUGCCCUAGGCCUGGAGAAGUCCAUAUGCUGCUGGAUCUUGGACUUCCUCACUAACAGACCACAGGGUGAGAAUCGGCAGACACUCUCCUCCACACUUGUCCUCAGCACGGGUGCUCCUCAGGGCUGUGUUCUCAGUCCACUUCUCUACUCCCUCUUCACGUAUGACUGUACAGCCAAGCACUGCUCUAACGUGAUCCUCAAGUUUGCUGACGACACCACCAUCUUGGGCCUCAUCACUGACAACGACGAGACUGCCUACAGAGAUGAGGUGAAAUCACUGACCAGCUGGUGCCAGGAGAAUAACCUCUCUCUGAACGUCAGCAAAACUAAGGAGAUGAUAGUGGACUUCAGGAGACAGCGGAGAUAUGAUGAUGUUCUGGUGAACGGGCUUCCUGAUUGGCGGCAGCCAGUCUUCUACUACAGACGAGUGAGGAAGAUGAGUAACACAGAGCUGGCCUUCCUCUUCUUCCUUAUCCUCACUGUGGGACACUACGCCAUCAUCUGGUCCAUCUACCUGGAGAAACAGCUGGAUGAACUGCUGAGCAAGAAGAAGAAGAAGAAGAAGCUGAGCUCUAGACCUCCAGAUGAGCUCAGCUGUAUUGGUCAGGACAGCAGACCUCAGUGGCAGGACAUCCUCCCUCUCAAACUUAGCAUCUGGCUCUACCUGUCUAUCAAAAACCUGCCGCAGACUGUCCAGGAGUUGAAACAGUUCUACGAGGACUACCAGCAGCUGAAGCAGAAGCAGAGAGAAGAAGUUGAAGCUGAACAAGAAGCUGCUGCCAAGAAAAGGCCAAAGUUGAAGAAACCAAAGGUGGACUUCCCCAUUUACACUCCGCCAUCAGAGUGUCAUAAAUAUCAGAACUACGAUCAAACCAUGUCCAUCGAGGAAGUGGAAGAUCAGAUGGACGACUGGCUGCUGGAACGCAGAUCCGCAAAGAAGAAGGCUGCAGACUGGACAGAGGACGAGCUCAGCCUACUCGACCGCUUGAUGGUUAAAUUUCCCGGAGGAACGCCAGGCCGUUGGGAGAAGAUUGCCAAUGACCUUGGCAGAUCAGUGACUGAUGUCACAAAUAAGGUCAAACAGGUUAAAGACAAUGUGAGCAACACCUCAGGUUUGGUGAAGUUGUCAGAGUUGAAGGGAGCGUCCUCUCCAUCAAAGUUACUACCUGUUCCUGACAGUCUAGUGACUCUGAGGGAGGGCAGACCUGUUGAGGAGGCCCAGGAGGACGAGGACGUGGAGCGUGCUGUCAGGAGGAGGAACAAAAAGAUGGCAGGAGAAACCAGAGGAGAGAUGAAAGUCCGAGGCCGCAGGCAGAAAGAUUUUGACCCUGCAGCAGCGCUGGACGAUGAAGAAGCAGAGCCUCAAGUGGACAGUGCUGUCUGGACACAGAACCAACAGAAGCUUCUGGAACUGGCCCUUCAGCAGUACCCUCGAGGAACUGCAGAGCGCUGGGAUCGCAUUGCCAUGCUGGUUCCUGAGAAAACCAAGGAGGACUGUAUGAUCCGCUACAAAAUGUUAGCAGAGCUGGUGCAGAAGAAGAAGAAGCAGAGCAAAAGCUAAUGGAUUGUUUCUUAACGGAAGGACUGUGACCUUUAACCCUUCCCGUGGCCUCGGCAGUGUUUAUCUGUUUUUUUUUUUUUUUUUUUGAGGUCUCAUCUACUCAAGUGAGAUUAUAUUUCUUGCACCAUUUGAGAGGAGAAGCUGGAGAAUACCCUUGUUGACCUCUGACCCCUGUCCUCAGCCCUGAUUUCGUGUGCCUUAGCACUGUACUUAUUUGAGUUGAGAUGAAUAAAUUUGUAUUAUUUGCUGGA